GAGUCAUGCUAAAGAUAUCAUGGGAGGAAGGGAACAGUUCCCGGUUGAGAAUGAAUGGAAUGUUCGGCCGAGGGCGCCUGCGAGGUAUAGUUAUGAGAAAGGACCGGUAACGGUUGUGAGGCAGAGGUAUGCGCCGGAUGAGUAUGAUGAGGAGAAUCUGGCGCUUGUAGGUGCUAAGGAGGAUGAUGGCGAUAUCGGACUUUACUCUCCUGCCUCCCCACCUCCUCGCCCUGGUUCCGGGGCGCAUGACCCAAAAAAAUGGAACAAAGUCCGGCAAAUCGAAAUCGAAGCUGGUCUGUUUGAACCAGGUCGUGAGUUCGGCCAGUUUGUCCGCGCAGAGGAAGAUGGGACGACGAACUCUGCACGUUAUCGGAAUUUAGUGGAGAGGGAUCGCGAGCAGUGGGGAAGGGAGCGGAGAGAAGCGUUAGUUAGGGCUGGACCGCCGAGUCAGAGGAGGAUGUGGUUUCGCGUCGUGGAGUUGUUAGCGAGUGUGUUGGGGUUUGUCAUGAUUGCUGGUGCUGGGACGAUCACAGGGAAAGAGUAUCCGCUCGCGUCGAAGGAACCGUUGUACAUCCUGAUUUGUGUGAGUUUGUUCUCGAUUGCGGUUACGACGUGCUUUUUGGUGAUAUACUGUUUGAGAAGGUACAAAGGGAGGGAGAAACUGAGUCGAUGGAUUUAUACCGGGCUUGACUUUCUUGCGGUGUUGUUUUGGAGGGUUACGCUGUAUUGGCUGAUUUUGGGGAGUGCGAGUUGUCCGUCUGAUGGUGGAAGUUGGUGCUAUUGUUACGAUACUUCGUUGGGGUUCGGGUGCAUGGUUCUCCUCAUGUCGUUGAUUUCCUUUGGCUUCGACAUCACUGGUGGCUGCUGUAUGGAGGAACGAGCAAGGAAGAAGGCGUUGAAAGAAGGUGGUGUGCCUGGAAGCAGCCUAUAUUCCCACGGCUCCCAGGCACGGAUGGAGUAUCUCAUGGCGAUGCCGGCAAUACCGAUGAUGAGCAGAGGCCCGUCGUACCAGGUCGUUCCAAUGGCAUACCCAGGGACGUAUUAGAUGUCACGAAUAAAGGGAGUAAUUACGUAG